UUGCCAAGUACAGGUUUAGGAGCCGUUGCUAUGGACUGAGAGAUGGGGACGUGAGCAGCCAUUGAAGGCGGCCAGGGUGCCGGUGGGCCCUCCCCCAUCUGCUCGGUGUGCGGGCUCAGCUUCGAGGGGCUGAGCUUCGGUGGAGGACCACAUGGCAGUGCACAACAAGGAGAAGUGUGAUGAGUGCAACGUGCGUGGCAAGGCCUGGCAGCACCUGAGCCUGCUGGAGAUCCACCGGCGGGUGCACACGGGAGAAUGCCCCUUCAACUGCUUGGAGUGCGGCAAGAACUUCACCCGCCUGCUGCGGCACAACCACGUUCACUCCGGCGAUUGUCCCUGCGGCUGCUCCGACUGCGGAAAGAGCUUCAAGAUGACACAUGAGCUAAAGAUGCACCGGCGGGUGCACACGGGCGAGAAGCCCUUCUACCGCACCACCUGUGGCAAGAGCUUUGCCCGGUUGGCCGGGUUGCGGCUGAACCGGCGGGUGUACAGCAGUGACCAGCCCUUCACCUGCUCAGACUGUGGCAAAGGCUUCAAGUCGUCGCCGGACCUGAUGCACAGGCACCUGCACACCGUGGAGCGGCCGUACCCCUGCAGCGACUGCGACAAGGGCUUCACCCGCUCCAAAAACCCGCUGGAUCAUCAGCGCACCCACACUGGCAAGCGCCCCUACACCUGCGCCCAGUGCGGCAAUGGCUACACCUGCUCCAAGCUUCUGUCCCACCAGCGUGUGCACACCGGCGACCGUCCCUUCCCCAGGCCCUUCGGCUGCUCCUAUUGUGGCAAGAGCUUCAUGACAGCGUAUGACCUGAAGGUCCAUCGGCGAGUGCACACGGGCGAGAAGCCGUUUGGCCGCUCCACCUGCAGCAAGAGCUUUGCCCGGUUGUCGGGGCUGCAAGUGCACCGGCGGUGUGGAAGAAAAAUUAAUGCCCUUCCUUGCUUAAUUUUGACUGGAAUGGAACAAGGUAACAAAAGGGUGUUUUGGAUGUGUCAAUUGGCAGCUCUCGCUUGACCAGGUGCAGAAGACAUUCAUGGGAAUCGACAAAGUAAGAUUAGAUGCAUUACCUCUUGUCUGGGAAUGUGUUGAAGGGUGGAUGGUAAAUGUAAACAUGUAAUGGUAGAGAAGAU